GGUGGGAUCCUACUAACGUUUGACUUGCCAGCAAUCAAUCGAAUACUGCAGUUUCUUACGUGCGGAUCUGUCACGAGCACGAAAUAUCUUUUUAUCCUUACUUGUUGUGUAAACAGCUAACUAUUUCGACGACGUGAUCAAGAUGCAUUUUGCCGAACACGUUAAGGUUUUAUUCACACUCGUCCUCUUCUCGUCGAUUUCCGUUUUUGGAUUUCCAGACGGUGGACCGGUGGACGCGUGCGUGAAGCCACGACCUAAUCAACCCUACCAUGGUGAAGCGCGGUCACAACCCCUAAGCACGAGCCCUUACAAGAUACUGGCUUCGUCGUUGCAAUACGAACCAGGUUCACAGGUCACAGUCACCAUUGUGGGUGCCCCGUUCCAAGGAUUCUUCGUGCAGGCACGUGAUACUACUUCAAACAAAUGGAUUGGAUCUUGGACGCAAACGCCGAAUACAAAUAUACAUUCCGAGUGUAGUGCUGUGACGCACGCUGAUCCACAUGAUAAGGAGCAAGCUACCUUCAUCUGGAACGCACCAGCGGACGCACGAGGAAAUGUUUACUUUACUGGAACUGUAUUGAAGGACUAUGCGACAUUCUGGUCCGAACUUGUGUCACAGGUGGCACAAUAAUUCGUCAGCAUAUUGUUUGAAUCUUUACUUUGUCGACGAAGUGUUUUCGCCAAAGGAUAUAUUCCAUCUUUACAAAAAAAUUUUUUAAUUUUAUUCGUAUAUUGAAUAUUUUGAUAUAUAUAUAUUGUGAUACUGUUAUGCAAUAUAUAUUUUACAUAAAUCUUGUAUUUUUGUAUCAUCACAGAAUUGUCAGGCGUUUUAAAUAAUAAAAGAUCAUCGAAAUGGA